AUGGAUGAGAUGGUCACUAAAAGCAUUGUGAAAUCGACUGUGUUUACUUACAAUACGUUGUUGAAUGCGUAUGUUGGAAGAAAGGAUCGAAGUGGAGUUGGUGAGAUACUGAGGUUGAUGGAGAAGGAGCCGGUUGUUUUUAGUGUGGCGACUUAUAGUAUUUUGAUUCAGUGGUAUUCUAGUUCUGGUGAUAUUGGGGAAGUGGAGAAGAUAUUCGAGGAAAUGCGUGAAAGAAAAAUAGAAAUUGAUGUUUAUGUUUAUUCGUCCAUGAUAAGUUGGAACUGUAGGUUGGGAAAUAUGAAAAGGGCAUUUGCGUUGUUUGAUGAGAUGGCUCAGAGAAAUGUUGCUCCUAAUGCACAUACUUACGGCGCGUUGAUUGGUGGUGUGUGUAAGGCUGGUCAAAUGGAAGCUGCGGAAAUCUUGUUGGAAGAGAUGCAAAGUAAGGGAAUUGACCUAAAUAUGAUAAUAUUUAACACGAUGAUAGAUGGCUACUGCAAAAGAGGAAUGAUGGAUGAAGCUUUGAGGCUGCAAACGAUCAUGGAAAGGAAAGGAUUCAAUGCAGAUGUGUUUACAUUCAACAUUCUUGCAAAUGGGCUAUGUAAAUUGCAUAGGAAUUUUGGUAUAUAUGACAAGUUUGCAAAUGCAUUGCUUGAUGCUGUUCAGAGUAUGAAAGUUGGAGAUGGUUUUAGUGAAGAGGCUAAAGCCUUGGGGAUGGCUCUCGGCGUCUCUUGUUUGAAUGGGAUUGAAGAAGCUGAAGCACAGUGUGCUUUGUUGAACUCUGAAUCAUUAUGCGAUGGGGAUGGUAUCUCAUUGCCAUGA